UUCGCGAAUUCCCGCUUCGGGGAUUCCGGGGCUUCGGAGUGAGCCGAAGGGAAGCUGCCCGGGGGAGGGAGCUUCGCUGUUCGCGCUACGGAGGAGCAACUUUGAGGUGGACAGCAUGUCCUCCUCGGGCCCUGCUGCGGAGGGAGAGGAAACAACUGACCAUCCUGCGUCCGAGAAAGAACCCGAAAUUUCCGGCCAGAGAGAAGAAAGUGAGGACGAGGAGGAGGACGAGGAAGAGGACGAAGAAAAGGAAAAGAGUCUCAUCGUGGAAGGCAAGAGGGAAAAGAAAAAAGUUGAGAGGUUGACCAUGCAAGUCUCUUCUUUACAAAGAGAGCCAUUUACAAUUGCACAAGGAAAGGGGCAGAAACUUUGUGAAAUUGAAAGGAUACAUUUCUUUCUGAGUAAGAAGAAAACAGAUGAACUUAGAAAUCUACAUAAACUGCUUUACAACAGACCAGGCACAGUGUCCUCAUUAAAGAAGAAUGUGGGUCAGUUCAGUGGCUUUCCAUUUGAAAAAGGAAGUAGCGAAUAUAAAAAGAAGGAAGAAAUGUUGAAAAAAUUUAGGAAUGCCAUGCUAAAAAGCAUCUGUGAGGUUCUUGAUUUGGAGAGAUCAGGUGUAAACAGUGAACUGGUGAAGAGGAUCUUGAAUUUCUUAAUGCAUCCAAAGCCAUCUGGCAAACCAUUGCCAAAAUCUAAAAAAACUUCUAGCAAAGGCAGCAAAAAGGAACGGAACAGUUCUGGAAUGUCAAGGAAAGCAAAGCGAACCAAAUGUCCUGAAAUUCUGUCAGACGAGUCUAGCAGUGAUGAAGAUGAAAAGAAAAAUAAGGAAGAGUCUUCAGAGGAUGAAGAUAAGGAAAGUGAAGAGGAGCCACCAAAAAAGGCAUCUAAAAGAGAAAAGCCUAAACAGAAAGCCACUUCUAAAAGUAAAAAAUCUGUAAAGAAUGCUAAUGUGAAAAAGGCAGAUAGCAGCACAACUAAGAAGAAUCAAAACAGUUCCAAAAAAGAAAGUGAAUCUGAAGACAGUUCAGAUGAUGAACCUUUAAUUAAAAAACUGAAGAAACCUCCUACGGAUGAAGAGUUAAAGGAAACAGUAAAGAAAUUAUUGGCCAGUGCUAACUUGGAGGAAGUUACAAUGAAGCAGAUUUGCAAAAAGGUAUAUGAAAAUUAUCCUGCUUAUGAUUUAACUGAAAGAAAAGGUUUCAUAAAAACAACUGUGAAAGAGCUAAUUUCUUGAGAUAGAGGACAGAGAUGACUUGUUCCAUGGACAUUAAAGAUCUGAUUUUAUACCAUUAUACCAGCAAAGAGAAUGUAUUUCCUUUUAUAAAUCCUUGCAAGCAUUGUGUUGAUAGAAUUUUCUGAUGGUUUUUUUUUUUUGUCUUGAGUCUUACGUAAAUUUGAGUUUGCCAUUUUAAAUUGCAUUUCUGUGCAGUUUUUAGUUUAAAAUUUUGCAUGGUAGUUAUUGUUCCUGCUUUUAUAGUUGUAUUUUGUACAUUUUGGGUUUCUUUAUAUAAGGUUCAUAGAUUCUUGAACUGUUGUAGUUUUCAGUGCAGUUAAUAUUAGCUUGUUUAGGACAUACUUUUAAUUCAAGUAGAACAGAAACUAUUACAACUGGCAUUUAUACAUGCAGAGACCAGUGCAGUAUUUAGUGUAUGAAGUAUUUUGAAUACAACACAUCUGUCAGUGUAAAAAUUCAGUGGCAGUGUAUUCAUCAUAUAAAGAAUAUACAACUUUGGCUGUCCAGAUACUUAAUUGGAAGUUCUUCCUGCAUGUAUAUAUAUGUCAGUUUGUCAGCAUGAGAAAAGCAACAGAUGUUAUUUUUAUAUUUUCAAAAACAAAUUUGUUGUAUAUAAAUUUUUUAAAAAUUUCUUUUGUGCAGAUCAAUUUUUAAACACAACUAGGUAUGUAUCUUUACAGUUAUAAAUUGUGAUAUGUCAGUGUUCAGCCAGAUGGUAUCACGGAGCAGUAAAAGUCAGAAUUCAGAGAAGAAAACACUUGAAGGAACAGAUAAUUCUCUGCUUUGCCUGAAAAGUGUCAUCAGUUUGUAGUUUUAGUGUCGACUCUGCAACAGUGUCUGUGGACAUAUUUUAUAUUAAGGACAGCCCAAAAUCAGAACUUCAGACAUUUGGAAAAGAGUGGGAUUAAGUACAAGACCAUGAGGCUCAUUAUAUAUGACUGAUUUUUAUUAACUGCUUUUGCCUAUAUAAAAUGCUGGUAUUCACAGGAAACCUGGACCUUUAUAAUUAUGAUAAAAAGUACCCAGUGUUAAUGCCAGAAGAUAAUGUGUAGGCAGUAGUGGGUAUCUCUGACAAAGUAUUUCUCAAAAGUGAUAAUAGACUUGUUUUUAACAUCAAAGAAAUUUAAUGUAUUUGUGGAAUUAAGAGCUGUAGGUUUUUUGGCUAAUCAGGAUUCUAUGUGAUCGCCAAGUGGACCGCCCCUGAAUGAAACUAAUUUGUUUUUUAAAUUGUCUUACUUGGUUUAUUAAGUAAUCUUUGAAUUUUAAAAUAAAACAUGCUGCUUAAGAGAGAAUUAGGUCUUUGAUAAACCAGUUGAGUGUUUAAAAUAAAAAUAUCUUUGCAUCAUAGAACAGAAAUAGUAAAAAUAUGUUGACUGUUAAUAGGUAUUUUCACAGUUUUGACUUGUUCCUUGAUAAAGUUGUUAAAACAUUAAAAAAGGUACACUUCAUACAAAUGAGUGGAAUAAACUUAAAUGAGACCUAAGGAUUUGCCUUUGAUUUUAAAUAUUUAAUUCUUAUAAACUUUGUCAAUAAAAAUAAUAAACAACA